AUGGCCCACAGACCUUUGAAGCUUGAGGGUCGCUUGUGGUUCAGACCUCGACCGAGUCUCUUCAAAGAAUUUACUCCAACAUCGACUGAAUUUACUCCAACAUCGACUGAAUUUACUCCAACAUCGACUGAGUUUACUCCAACAUCGACUGAGUUUACUCCAGCAUCGACUGAAUUUACUCCAACAUCGACUGAAUUUACUCCAACAUCGACUGAGUUUACUCCAGCAUCGACUGAAUUUACUCCAACAUCGACUGAGUUUACUCCAGCAUCGACUGACUUUAUCUACCCAAACAUAUGCUUGAGGGUCGCUUGUGGUUCAGACCUCGACCGAGUCUCUUCAAAGGCCUUUGCCAACUCGACUCCGGCUCAAAUUAAGGAAAUCGAAUUUACUCCAACAUCGACUGAAUUUACUCCAACAUCGACUGAAUUUACUCCAACAUCGACUGAGUUUACUCCAACAUCGACUGAGUUUACUCCAGCAUCGACUGAAUUUACUCCAACAUCGACUGAAUUUACUCCAACAUCGACUGAGUUUACUCCAGCAUCGACUGAAUUUACUCCAACAUCGACUGAGUUUACUCCAGCAUCGACUGACUUUAUCUACCCAAACAUAUGCAGAGGUCAACAGAGUGACUGCGACGGCGUGCCACCUGAAUCCUCUUGGGCCCAAGUUACACCGUCUACAGCGAAGCCAUCGCGUCCCUUCACCUCCUCCCGAUCUCCGAUGUUCAUCAACAGCAUCUUGUUCGGCAACAUGUGCUUGAACAGCCCUCGCCGUCGCCAUUUACUGCCUCCCAGCGCCCUCACGAGUCGCGACAGGAACAGUCCCUCCCAACAAUCGUCAAGCUCAUUAAUGAACAUCAUUGUUAAAUUUGAAUGA